AUGGCGCGGCAUAAGGCUGAGCCAUGUUGCUAGUCAAAUCAACAAUAAAUGUGUUAACAUGAUAACAUCGUUAUUUUAAUUAGGAUAACUGUCGCGAAACAAGGUUGGCCUUGCUAGUGGAGUGUCUCAAGCAAGGUCCUGAGUUCGAUCCCUAGCGACAACGAUGAUCCUUGGAGUAGCACCUAUCAAUAGCAAGAUAGCCUAGCGGUGCCGCCGCAAGAUAGGUCGUUCUGGAAUGUGUGAGGUCCUGGGUUCGAUGCUCUCGAAGCUCCAGCAUCAAUUUGCAGCAGAUGAUCUCUAUAUUUGAUCUUGUUCCGUCAUCACAAAAUGUGGUGUGCAGGGAUAUUCCUGUAAUACAAAAAAAAAACAGGAUAACUGUCAACUAUAUUAUACUAACAUUGUUAAAUUGUUAUUUUUUUCGCUCAAAAUAAAGAAAAUAGACACGAGCUUCAGAAUGGUCCAUAAUCUUGUUCAAGAUGAUGAGCAAGUGAUUACUCUAAUACCAAUCCAAUCUAAGAUUAUAAAUUAUAAUUUUAAUUACAUAAAUAAUGUAGAAGACCGAACUUGGUGCAGACGUUUACUCAUCGUGGUCGCACUUCUCUUGCGCGGCGCAUUUUCCUUUUGCUUCGUCUCCGCAGCCUCUCCUCAUUCCUUCCUCAAACGCCUCUCCCGCCGCCGACGCCAUAUCCCGCACGCUAUCCAAUCAGCUAGGUAACUUCGAAGCUCCAUCUCCAUCAUUUUCAUUCUUUCUCUAUUCGUUCAAGGCUCGAAUCCUGCAUUCCCGCUUGCUCGCCAUGGAAAAUGAAAUGAUCAUCGCCCAUUUCUGUCACUGGUCUAGGGUUUUAGCUUGAUCAUGCUUUGCCUUUUCUUUCCCCCCUUUUUUGGUUCUGUUCAGCUUAUUGUCGAUUUUAUCAGGUCUUGACUCUAAUGUUCUUCCUCUCUGGGACCGGUGUUUAUGGCUGCUUCCUCUAGCGCGAUGAACUUUUUGCUUGCUGUUGGCGUUUGGUGUACUGCGUAUCUUACGGCUGCUCUUCUCUCCUAUUUCCGUGUCUUCAGUACCCUUUUCCGCCUCUGAGAAUUUCUUAAUCACUAGCGAUUUUGAAACGAGCAAUCAAAAUCAUGGGUUAUGCACAGCUUGUUAUUGGCCCGGCUGGGAGCGGGAAGUCGACUUAUUGUUCUAGCUUGCACCAACAUUGUGAAACACUUGGGCGGUCCAUUCAUAUCGUGAACCUAGAUCCUGCUGCAGAGAACUUUGACUAUCCUGUUGCCGUGGAUAUUAGAGAACUCAUCAAUUUGGAAGAUGUCAUGGAGGAAUUCGGUCUCGGUCCCAAUGGUGCUCUUAUGUACUGCAUGGAAGAACUAGAGGACAAUCUGGAUGAUUGGUUGACAGAGGAGCUGGACAACUACUUGGAUGAUGACUACCUAGUUUUCGACUGCCCAGGUCAGAUAGAACUUUUCUCACAUGUUCCGGUGCUUAAGAACUUUGUGGAACAUUUGCAGCGGAAGAAUUUCAAUGUGUGUGCUGUGUAUUUGCUUGAUUCACAGUUCAUUACAGACGUGACCAAGUUCAUUAGUGGCUGCAUGGCAUCCCUCUCUGCAAUGAUACAGCUCGAAUUGCCCCAUGUUAACCUCCUGUCCAAAAUGGACCUGGUGACCGACAAACGCCAUCUUGAAGACUACCUCACUCCAGAGCCUGUGACUUUGUUGGCUGAGCUUAAUAAGCGCAUGGGUCCUCAGUUUCUUAAGUUAAACAAAGCAUUGAUGGAACUGGUCGAUGAGUACAGUAUGGUUAGCUUCAUCCCGCUUGACUUGAGAAAAGAGACAAGCAUUCAGUAUGUAUUGGCUCAAAUCGACAAUGCGAUUCAGUAUGGAGAAGAUGCAGAUGUGAAGAUCAGAGAUUUUGAUCCAGAAGAUGCUGAUGAAUAGAUGAGCAUGAUUUCCGUGCAGCUCGUUGUAGAUAUUAAUCAUUUCGAAGGGGAACAAAGGAUACAUUAUGGGGUGCUUUUGAGCAGCGUUUAUAUCCAGAAAUCCACCUUUGUUCAUCGCCUUCCUACUGAUCUACAGUGAACCAAGUGGUUAACUACAGAGAACAUGAACUGAUUGAAGGUUUCUGUUUGGAAUUUAUCUACAUUUCACUAGUUUCUGUUGAUCCAGUGAUGUUAAGAGUGCUGGGUUUACAUUUUGGUGCAAUUGAUGCCUCGGAACUUCAAAUGAUAGAAUUUAACCAUAUUCCCUUUGUUUAAUAUUUCAAACGUUUUCCUCUGUUUUGGACUCUACCAAUUUGUCCAGUUCGAGUUUCAUUUAGAUAGAAUAAGGCAAAAAUACGUUGAUAAUUUUGGACAAAAAUGACCCAAGUGGAUGAAAUUUCAAUUUCGACUGCAUUUUCAUUGUCUUCAAUAAUUUUCGGUGAAGUGACGCGUUGUUUUUCGAUUUUGGUUUUAUGCUAUCGGUUUCUGUUUUAGCUAAAACAGUUUUCGAUUAUACCUAGUUACAUGACCAAAAAUCAUGGUUCAAAAAGGCACGCUUAAUCUUACGCUUAGGCACGCCUAGGCACAAGGCAAUGAUAAAACGCCUCGCAUAGGUGUUUCGCGCCUAAUUAGAUACUGGAGCACAUCAAUGGAGUAGGAGACAUAUAAGUCUCUCCUAAACAUUACUAGAUGGAGCUAGGAAGUCAAUAUUAAAGGAGAAAAUUAAAAUCAACUACGAAAUCAAUUUUCUAUAUCAAUAUUAUCAAUAUUUCAAGAACUUUGCGAGCUAUGUUCUUGUCAUUAAGUGUUGGGUAAGUUACGUUAUUAAUCAUUUUAACUUACGUGAGGAAGUGUUGUGAAUUAUUAUUUUAUUCAUCAUGCAGUGCGAAUAGCUAUUUUUGUUCCAACGCCUAGGCACGCUUAGUCUACGUCUAAGCAAGCUAGGCGCUAGGCAAAGGCUCAACGCCCGCCUUACGCCUAGUGCCUUUUUGAACCUUGCCAAAAAUCAUGAUAUCGCCAAACUUAUUAGAAAAUGCUUCAAAUCACUUAUUUAAAAUCCGUUAAUAUAGAUCAUUAAUGUUUCGGUCUUUUGAUUUUUAAGCAACCGUAAAAUUUAUCCAGUUUUCGUUUUUGGUUUAUGAUUCGAUCAGAUUUUAACGUUAUAGCACAUUUAACGGUUUUCAGUUUUGCUCAAGAAAGUCCGAACUGAUCUACCACACCUAGUAAGCUAGGGCUUAGAUGAACAUUUACACAAGAUUUAAGAUUUCGAGCCAUCUUCGGCUUUUCAAAAGAUAAAGUUUUAGUUUCCGC